GCAACCGCUUAUUACCUUAAGGUACACAUAAACUCCCGCUUCACCUAACCACCCACGACAGUUCUAGACCAUCGCCGAACCUAACCUGGCGUAUAUUCUUUCCAUAGAAGUGUCGUUGGUUUUUAUUAUUUCAAUUUCAAGAAUGUCGCCAUCUUCAUCUUCCAAAACCCUCCGCGACCGCCUCCAACACGCCCUCCCCCCUUACACAGGUUCUUACAGCGUCGGCUUUCUCGAGCUGGAGCUGCCGGUCCGCGAGCCUCGGCAUUUCUCUCAUAUCAAGCGGAAUAACCAGUACGCCCUCAGACUAGACACGGUGCUUUUCGCCGUGUACUACCCCUGCGAUCGCGACCCUGUUCGGCAUCAUGACCAUCCGCGAAGCUGGAGGACAGGAAGGAGUUCACACUCCCGUCCGCUUUGGCUCCCUCGCCCGCGCGUCUCAACCUGCAAGGGUUUCGCCCGCUUCUCCAACGUGCCCCAUUGGCCCGUGACAACCUACCUUGCGCUGACAAGCAUGUUCACCAAGCUGCCGGCGCACCGCAACGCCUGGUUAUCCUCCCAGUGGCCUACCGUUGAGCAGGAAGACGACGCCACACUUGUGGACAGCCAAGAAGAAGGCGAGCUAGGAGAAGGUGACGGGGGCGAUAAGCACAAGCCAAGUUUCCCCGUUGUCAUCUUCAGCCACGGCUUGGGCGGAUCGCGUACAAUGUACAGCUCCAUCUGCGGGGAACUCGCCAGCUUCGGGAUCGUGGUAGUCGCCAUGGAGCACCGCGACGGGAGCGGAGCAAGGACCUACGUCAACUGCAGCGACAACAACAAGGGCAACACGACGGGGCCGGUGCAAUGGGAAAAGUCAGAGAGUCAGGAUUCGUUGCGAACCGCAGAACCGCCGGGAAAGGAGCAAAAGCCAAUCACAAAGCACAAAAGAGAAGACUCGAGCCCAUACUAUAGGGUUGACUACCUGUUCCCCAAAGACAAUGCGAGAGACACACGGCCGAACAAUGCCCGUGGUGUCGACACGGAAUUGCGGGCGGCGCAAAUCGAGAUGAGGCUAGCCGAAAUCGAGGAGGCGUUUUACAUCCUGGACUUGAUAAACUGCGGAAAGGGAGACCAAGUGCACAUCCAGAAUCUUCGCCAGGGUAGCAACGUGGGUUCCUGUUCGAUGGGCCUCAACGGCGUCGACUGGCGAGAUUGGUCAGAACGGCUCGACCUAGCAAGCGUCACCAUAAUGGGCCAUUCCUUUGGCGCAGCGACCGCAGUAGCGGCUCUCAGGUCCGAGAAAAGAUUUACCUGGAUCACCCAGGGCAUUCUGCUUGACGCGUGGGGCCCCGCAACCCCGGAACGUACCGAGAAAGAAGCGGUACGGAAGCCGGUAUUGUCCAUCGGAAGCGAGGCGUUUAUGCACUGGACGGAAAAUUUCGACCGGGUCGAGCAAAUAUGCCAGGAGGCACGGGCGGCAGGAGCGCUUUGCUGGAUGACGACGAUCAGAGGAUCGACACACUUGUCGCAAACCGACUUGGCUGUGCUUUAUCCAAAUUGGAUGUCGUUGCUUAUGAAGACAAUCGUGAAUCCUAAGCGCGCCAUAUCCCUGACAGUGCAUUCGGCACUUGAGUUCCUGAAAGUCGUUCUGCCGAGGCAGCAGACCCGGUUUACCAGGGCGUGGGCCGACGAGCAGCUGCUGACCAACGCCGACUCCGAAACCAAGGUUUUGUCUGAUCACCGACCUGACGACAAACGGGUCGCGGCCCGGCUAAAGAUCCCCAACGAGUUCUCGCUGCGGCUUAGAAACGGAUUUAGGGUACCAACGGACGCAUCCGGGAGGCCAAUGAAAGGGCUGGUAAACUGGGGUGCUGGAAACGAGAUUUGGUGUCAUCAAUCACCGGGCCGUGAUCUUGUUGAUCAGUACAUGAGACGGAAUGGCUGGAUGUCUGACUCGACUACGUAGCCUGCAAGGUCCCAUUUUCCAAGUUGAACUCUUUUUCCUGGCUGGACGUAGAUCCCGGUCGACCG